AUGGUAAUAAUAAUAAUAAUUAUUAUUAUUAUUAUUAUGCAUAUAGAAAGAUGCUGUUUUCUCUUUCAACAUUCCACAAAACUCCCAUCUUUCCUCCAAGUGGGAGGAAUAAUACUUGACAACAUCACUUCUGAUUGUGACAACGUGAUGCCCUGUAUCCGUGACGCCUGCCACCUCCCCCUCCCAAUAUUUUUUUUUUUUCAUUGGAUGCCAAGUAACAAUUCGCUAGGAAGUCCAUUCAUGGCGUGGGUGACCGCGACGAGCUCAGAGGAAGGCAAAUCGAAGUCACCUGUUUCCGGUGCGACGUUGUCCCCGACGCCGUUGGACAGAAAUGAGGCAGCGGAUCACAACGCCGGUCCCCGCAUGAGCCACAACAUUCAUGGGUCUAAGGCAUUCGAAGGCGCCCCGCAGUCUUCACACCGUGCUGGUGAAGAAGAGGAUCAUGCCAUUUUGCUGCCGAAGCCUCCCCUGAAAAGUGCUCCACGCGAAAUGGAGAAUCAUGAAUCUGACACGUGUGCCAAACACGGGGAUAGCGGGGUGAAGCUCCCGGAAAAGAAAUGCAAUGAAAUGGGGAGCAAUGGGCGGUUACAAUCGGCAAAUGACACGUUAACUGCCACGUUGAGGUUGUAUGAAGGGGAUCUUAAGGCGGAUAAUAAUAACGACGAUGAUGAUGAUGAGUUUGGAGAUUUUGUGGGGGUCACUUCCAGGCCGGUAUCGGAACCCGUCGCCAUCCCGGAGCAGCCAAUGGUGGGGAGAAACGAGCCACCGCAUGUUUUUAUAAAUCAGCAGGAGAAGGAGCAUCAUCACGGAAAAGGAGGAGGAAAAAGUGAGAGCGGUCAAUUGAAUACGCUCACGUUUCAUACCGUUGCGUCUGCUUCUGCUGAACCGAGAGCAACAACGAUGGGCUCCCCAGGAUGUGUGUGUGUCGAUGCGGAUAGGCUCGACAUGAUUAACGCUUCACCCGUUGUCGUGAAAGACGAGGGUGCAGAAGAGGCGGAGGAGUACACGCACAGGGAGACACACGUCGUUGAGGGAAGAGACGACGAAGGGGCGGAGAAUGAACGAGAGCACCAUCACAACAACCAGCAGCAUGAGGAGGAGGAGGAGGACGACGAAGAAGAGGAGGAGUGGGCCGCAUUUACGGAUGCCGCUGUUCCUCCAAAUCCACCCCUACAAAAACAACUGGUGACUGCAGGGGAAGCUCCAGGGAUUAGUGACAUGUGUGUAGAGGAAGAUACUCAUGCAACACGCAGUGGGCGACAAUUUGUCUUUCGUCGAGACAUGGACAUUGCCCGAAUUAUUCUUCAGCUUCGCGAGCUCAGCGGAUGUGUGCUCGACACGGAGGAAUGUAACGGUUGUCAUGAUGAUGGCAUCGAGCAGCAGCAGAGUGACGCCGGCAGUAGCAGCGGCGAAGAUCGAAAAGGGAAGCAAUCGCGGCGUGAACUUCUUCUUGCGGUCAUGGACGCCCUCUCCUUCAGAAGACGUGAUUCAGUCAAUAGAGUGGAAGAAACACCGCCCGUGGGUGGCGGUCCAUGUGUCACCCCUGGUAGUUUGGCUUUCCAUUGCAAGCCCUUGGGCACACCGCCAUGUAUCGGGGGAAGCUGUGAAGGGCGUCAUGAUACACCGCUGCCGCAGCCGCAGCUGCCCGAUCAGGCGUCCGCGACGUUGGACGGCAUUAUAGAUCCCUUUGCGGCCCUGCGGCUUGCCGAGCGGCACACGACACAACGUCGUGAGCAGUUGGAGUCGGUCCUCCUCCAGGCUUCUCGAGUGCGGCAACGUGCCAUACCUGUUUGUGAAGCUAUUACCAAGGUAAGGAAUCUUGCCAUGGAAUAUGAACAAGAAAAACAAAAAGAGCAGCAAACAUCGGAUAAAGAAAAGGAAUCGACGUGGCAUAUUCACCCAACUUUACCAACGCCAUGCAUUGGAGGAAGCCUCUUCCCUGCAUUCUCUUUGAGACUGCCCUUUUAG